CCACCACCACCAGUGCUGCUGCUGCUGCUGUGUUGGACUUACACACGCAUGCAUCAAAGCAGUGGCUGUGCAGUGGUGAAACCGCCCUGCCCUGCUACUACUACUAAACCUCAGCACAGCCUCAUCUGCUCUGCGAGGACACGGGCACAUUUUUAAUCAUAAACCUGACCUCGCAAAUCCGUUUGUAGUUCCGUAAUGUGGGGCGUGCGUGCCACACAUACCACUAAUCCCUGGAUCCUCAGAGAAGGACCAUGAUAUCUGGGACGGUGGCGCCUGGGACCUGUUGGAAAUGACAGCUAAAGAAGGCGGACUGAAGCACAGGGAUCACAACAACAGUAAACGUAGAAGAUAGCGAAGAAACACUUCACUGUUUAAAGGGGUUGUAGCGAUGGAGUCCCUGAUGAGUGCGGUGGCCCCGCGCUCCCCAGCCCCCGCCAAGAAGCCGUCAGAGGUCGACUUCCGGUCGGGGGCCACCCUGGAUCAGCUGUCGUCCCAGGUGUCUGAGCUGGUACUGCUGGAACAGGGAGAGUUUGGAGACCAGACCGCCUUAGAGGUCCACACUGCCAAGGACUUUAUCUUCAACAUGCUCGGCCUAGUACAGAAGGUAGACCAGCGCCUCCCGGUGGCCAACGAGUACCUGCUGCUUUCAGGCGGGGCCCGGGAAGGCGUCUUGGACCUCAACCCCGAGGACCUGGGGGACUACGCCAAAGGGGCUGACUUUGACCUGGACUUCACCCUGCUGGUGCCCGCCCUCAAGCUCCAUGACCGCAACCAGCCCGUCACCCUGGAUAUGAGGCACUCCCCACCCUGCCACUCGUGGCUCAGCCUUCGCCUCUGCGACUCCAACAUCCUGUCCCGCUGGGGCGUCUGCUGCCAGGAGGAGAACGGACUUUCCCCCGAGGAAGACGAGGAGGAAGAGGGAGAAAUGGGGAAAGGCUCCAUCCCCUCCCUGGGCUCCCCUCAGUCUCUGGAUGGAUGCUACUUCUCUCCCUCCCUGGUGACAGACUGGUUCUGGGCGGUGGUGAGCGAGGCUGUGGAGGAGCUGAGGCGCAGUCCCCAGAGAGGCAUUCCCACCCCAGACCGACUAGAGAGGAACGGACCCCUCACCACUAUCAUCCUCCAGGCGGGCUCCAGCCGGGUGCUGUACGACCUGCUGCCUGUGGUGUCGUUUCGGGGCUGGCCUGCUGUGGCCCAAGGCUGGCUGACCGCCAACCACUUCUGGGACGGGAAAAUCACAGAGGAGGAGGCCAUAUCUGGCUUCUAUCUGCUGCCCUGCUGCUCCCCGCUGGGUGGUCGGCCCGACAGGGAGUGGAGGCUGGCAUUCUCACGCAGCGAGGUUCAGUUGAAGAAGUGCAUCCCCUACCCCAUGGCCCAGGCUUUCCAAGCAGCCAAAGCCGUGUUGUCUCGUAUCCUGGCCCGACCGCGUGCGGGUCUCAGCCUCUAUCACCUGCGCACUCUUCUGUUCUGGGCCUGUGACCGACUUCCUGCCGCCUACCUGUCCUGCCCUGACGUGGACACCCCUGGCCGCCUCCUCCUGGGUCUCCUCGAUGACCUGGCUCAUUGCAUCCUGGGCAAAAACUGCCCAAACUACUUCCUUCCCCAGUGCAACAUGUUGGAGCACCUGACAGAUAGCCAGGCGCUGCUCGUUGCCAGAAAACUCGCCCACGUGCGCUCGGAUCCCAGCGAGCACCUCCGGGCGGCUCUGGACCAAGCGCAGCAGGCGGGCCAGCUGAAGAAGGAGCUCACAGCUAGCGCCACCAACGGCCACGGCUCUCCCGGGCACCACCCGGCCAACGGCAUCAUCUCGCCUUCGGAGGACAAGCUGGCGCAGCGACUGCAGCAGCUGGUCACCGAGAACCCUGGGAAAUCCAUAUCCGUCUUCCUCAACCCAGACGACGUCACCAGGCCACACUUCCGCAUCGAUGAUAAAUUCUACUGAUGAAGAGGUGCUGCAGAGGAGACGUGUGGAGACGUGUGUGUCUAGCUCACAAACACAUGCUUAAAAUGCUCUGAGACGUCACAUCUGUACGGAGACUGAGAAUCAGGCAGGUGUUUUUUUUUUUUCUUCUGAACACUGCAGGCCUGGAAGCGAACACACUCCUCCUGUUCACCAUCCGGAGGCUGAACAAUGCAACAAAGCCUUGCUGCUCGACUGACUCUUUAAACCAAAAACACAUAAUGUCCUACUACUGACAAAUGGUGUCCAAUUUGGCGGACGUCGCACAACAGACCUGAUGUCACCCAGCUGUUGCCACGGAGAUGGCCCUCUCCUAACGAGCUGGCCUUAACAAGACUUCUCAGCUGGUGCUACAAAGACAAGGGCCGGCUUUAGUCAUGUGAAAUAAGUCCAGUGGAGAUCAACACAGAUCGUGUGUGUGUGUGUGUGUGUGUGUGUGUGUGUGUGUGUGUGUGUGUGUGUGUGUGUGUGUGUGUGUGUGUGUGUGUGUGUGUACGCCUAAGGGUUUUCACAUAUUACUUACACUUCUAAAGACAGAGGGAGAAACGCUUCUUGAUUGCUGCAUUUCUCCCUUUUUUAUUUUAGAUCAGAGUGGGCGAUGGCUGAAUCAGAAGGAAAAACAAGGUGUGGCUGAUGUAACUGAAUGUAAUGUUGUGAGGAGAACUGCCGAGCUUUUGAACAAAGAGUCUCUUUUCUCUGUCAACUACGUUUUUAGCCCUUGUUUAUUUCUUUUCUCCACGCCUAGAAUUACGGCAUGUUUUUCAUUUAAAAAAAAAAAAUCUUUCUCAGGUAUUCAUAAUACUUAUCCUUUUUUAUGUACAUGAUUCCCUUUCAAGGUCUUUAACUAUUUUUCAAUGCCGCUUACAUUUCAUUAAUACCGGUGAUGGAAUGUACCAAAGAACUGCGUUUGCGCAGUUUUGAGAAAAGAGAAUGUCUUACAUAUCCCUAAACUUUAUCCCUAAUCUGAUGAAUCUGCUGACUCAUGGUCAGUGUUAAGUUUUGUCCUCCUGAUGGCCCGGUCACACCGGCGGUUAAAACGACAACAUUUUGCAGCAAAAUCAAUUAAUUCCAAUGGAAUCGUCACAAUAAGUAGAUUUGCGCGCAAGAGUAAACGGCGACAUUUGAGAGAACAGAUAAGUUGGCUUGUAUUAACGGCUCCACAGAAGAUGGUUUGCAGACAGGUAAUGAGAGUCGAUGGUACAUACAGACGUGGACUUGCUGCACCCGUUAGCGGCCCAGCUAAUGAGUUUGCUUACUGACAGUUAGCUUGUUUUUUCCUCUGUCAGUAGAACUUAAUUUAAUAAAAUGACGGAUAAACCUGAAAAUAAAAUGCCAGGGGGAGUGAACGGCCUAGCAGAGAGAAAAUUGAAAGAAGCUUGGCGACCCAUUGUGACCGACUAGCCCUAGCAUGUCCUGGUUGGCUAGCGUGCUAGCUGUUAGCUCCAACUCCAGUUGUUCACCAGCUAACGCUGUGAAUUAUUUGAAUGUAUUUGGGUUUUAGACUAACGAAAAGCAAUGUGAAGGGUAGUUUGGGCUCUGGCCUCUUGUUUUCGACAGUUUUCUGGCCUUUUAACAAACAAUAAAAUGAAUCAAUAAUGAUGCGCAAAUGGCAGCCGUAAUCACGGCUAAACAUAUUUUGCACACAGACGCAGGUUCAUUUCAGUUCAGUUGUGGUGUGACCGGGCCUUGGAUAAGUUAAGACUGAAAAGGAUGGGGAUGUUAAAUGAACUAAACUGUUUCAUUAUAAUAUAAUACGAUGGUUUUCUUACCGUACUGAGAUGUAAGAGUUGUUACAACAUUUGAGAAAUCCUUGCAACUUGUUCAAGUAUUGAGUUUACUUUUCCUACCUGAGCAGACAUUUUGGUCCUUCGUGUGUGGAGUGUUAAGAUAGGCCCUUUAUAAGGGAUUCAGAAAAAAUAUAACCUUGUGUAUGUAGAUAUGAGGAAUCCAAUUAGAAGUGUAUUGAUCUAAUAAUGAUUGGCUGUUCUGCCAUAGUCACAACUAAGUGAAGGUACUUAACUGGGGGCCCAGCACAUCCUGUUGCAUCGUGUAAGCGAGUCUAUUAACUUUCCGUUGAAGAAACUUCGAGCUUUGUGCGUCUCUCAUUCGAUUUUAUUUGGAGACUGGUUCUGACUCGACUGAUUCUGAUAAUUGUCCCUGUCUCCUCUGCUUGGUUGGUCAUUUUUAAUGAGCUUUUGUGCGCGUGUGUGUUCACCGAGACACCAACCACGCAGCAGGACGCAGGCAGACACCCAGAUGCUGCCCACUCAAUUAUACCCUCAGUGGGUGUGUUUUAGUCGCUGGGCCCUAUCGUUUCUCACCAGCCGGGGAGUCAUCCGUCGGGUGGGGAUGGAGGGAUCGAUAGAGGACGGAUGCAGGGUUGGUAGACGGGGCCCUCCUCCGGUUCUUUUUUUUUUAAAGGGGGAAGAUGGGGCCUUGCGGGGGCCUGGACAGCUGACUCUCUCUCUCUGGAACUCGCGCUGUCUUUUGUUUUCUCUCACUCUUGUGGCUCCAGUGUUCCUCUUCUCCCUUCUUCCUCCUUCCUCCCUCCUCCCAUCUAGAUUUCCCUGCAUAGGGUUGUCAUAUUUUUAUUCUUUUAGGACUCUAGAGCAACACAGAGCUCCUAAAACGUGGUACUUAUCCAACCUUUGAUUAAGUAUACCCAGGCACGCUUUGAUGCUCUCCCUUCCACUUGCAUUAGUUUUCGUGGGUCUUACUUGUUUUUACCUUUUUAAUGAAUCUGAGACUAAACGCUAUCUGCAAACACACUGAUGGGUAAGCUCUGAUUCGACGGGGGUUUUACCGAGCACUGAAAUGCUGCUUCCGACUUUAUAGUGCAUAGGCGGGGUACAAAACGCUACAAGCACACGAUUGGUCACAGUUAAGUUUACGUAAAUAUCGAGGUGACGGCGGUUCAUCUUUGUGAGUUUUAAGCUGCUGGCGGAUUGUUUUUCCUUCAGAAGGCGUUCGAACAUCUGUGAGCCUCGCGUUACGAUAUCUGCCCUCUACGAACGCCAUGUGCUUACUACUGAACGAAUGUUUUACAGCGUCUGUCUGUACUGGUGGUGUGUGUGUGUGUGUGCGUGUGCGUGUGCAAGACUUGAGUGUAUGAAUUGAACCUGAGGAAAACCAAAGUGCGUGGAGGCGGUACAGAAUGUGUGAGUAGGGUGUGUAUUCAGGCGUCGGUGUGUGUUUUCAGCACUUUUCCAAGACAGGCUCAAUUGUCGCUACCGCGUCCUGAAUAGUCACAGAGAGAAUGGCAGCAUUUAUUUAUUGGAAACUAUAGUUGAUGUAAAGGUACUUUCUCAUCGCCCUCUUUAAUGUGCGACUGAGAGUGUUGCAAGUGUAAAAUAAAAAUGCGUCUCACUUUGUACCUUAAUGGGCCUAGUUAGAGAUUACUGGACACUGGAAACAAUCAAUGUUUUUUCCUGAAUUGUACACAUGAAAUCCUUGUGGAGAAAAUCCUGUAUUUUACACUAGUGUCAGUUUCUAGAUAUGCAAUCAAGCGCCCCCCCCCCCAUGGAAAGGUCUACACCGCCUGCUCUAAUUGUACUUUAGUGUAGAUUUUACCAUAGUUGUGAAAGAGGGGAAUCACUAUCUGCUGUCCAGGGAUUGCAUAAAAACACAGGUGACACUGUAAAACAUCAUUCUCCGCUCUCCGCUCCUCUAUUUAUAAUCACUGCUGGGCUUUUCUUCUUUCGUUUAGUUUUUUUUUUUUUGUGCUGAAACUUCUGAUGAUUCUGUUUAAGAUUCAUUUGACUACUGUGGAUAAAUAGCUGACCAAAAACAAUGAAUGUAUCCGCCAUAUCUCUCUAAUCCGUUCCAGACGUGCAAACACAUCAAAUCUAAUUUCUCACCGUUAUCUGAACAGACGUACUCUGCUCUGUACUCAAGUGCUGAGAUAGAAAUCUGUACUGAAUCACUCCACUGUUUGAGAAAUUGAAUUUCAUAUCUCUUUUAUUACUUGAGAUACUUUUUCUUUUUUUUUUCUUUUUCUAAAAAAAAUAAGUGCAAAAUAAUUUUCUCUGUAUGAUGAUAUGACUGAUUUGCUGUAUUUAUUACUGUUAUUUUCUGGGGGUUUAUAUUGAUCAAUCUUCAAGCUUUAGCAUGAAAUAAAUCACUACAUUUCAAAUCA